AGCAACGUUAGCAGUCUUCUUCAGGAGAAUAAAAAAAAAAAACAAAUAUAUAUGUUCAGUAGGAAUAGUUAGACCUUCGCCAAAAACAAAAACCCCAAAGUAGCACACAGAAAGAAAGCACCUCAACAGCACUUAAGAGAGAAAAAGUAAAAUAAAAUGCUUCGUCGCACCUUCGCGCGUCUCGCACUUAGCCGCGCCUACCCGGUCAUCGAUCACACCUAUGACUGCGUCGUGGUAGGCGCGGGUGGCUCCGGCCUCCGUGCGGCGAUGGGCGUCGCCGCCUCUGGCUACGAUGUGGCCUGCAUUUCGAAGCUCUAUCCUUCCCGCUCGCACACCAUCGCGGCGCAGGGCGGCAUCAACGCUGCCCUCGCGAACUGCGAGGAGGACGACUGGCGCUGGCACGUGUACGACACCGUGAAAGGCUCCGACUGGCUCGGCGAUCAGGACGCGAUUCAGUACAUGUGCCAGGAGGCCCCCUGCGUGGUCUCCGAGCUGGAGAGCAUGGGUCUGCCGUUCCUCCGCACAAAGGACGGCUUUAUUUACCAGCGCGCCUUCGGUGGUCAGUCGAUUCACUUCGGUGGUAAGCAGGCCCGCCGCACGUGCGCCGCUUCGGAUCGCACGGGCCAUGCCAUGUUGCACACCCUGUACGGGCAGUCCUUUCAGUACGGCGUGAACUUCUACAACGAGUACUACUGCCUGGACCUGAUUAUGGAGGACGGCUGCUGUCGAGGUGUGAUGGCGAUGAGCAUCGACGACGGCACGAUCCACCGCUUCAAAUCCAAGUACACCGUGCUAUGCACUGGCGGCUACGGUCGUGUGUACUUCACCACGACGAGCGCGAAGAGCUGCACGGGUGAUGGGACGGCCAUGGUAGCCCGUGCCGGCCUCCCUGCGGAGGAUAUGGAGUUUGUGCAGUUCCACCCCACUGGUAUCUACGGCCCUGGCGUGCUCAUCACGGAGGGCGCUCGCGGAGAGGGCGGCUACUUGAUCAACAGCGAAGGGGAGCGCUUUAUGGAGCGCUACGCGCCGAAGGCGAAGGACCUCGCCUCGCGCGAUGUCGUCUCGCGUGCGAUUACGAUGGAGAUUCUCGCCGGUCGUGGCUGCGGCGCUAAGAAGGAUCACGUGAUGCUGCAACUGCACCACCUCGACGCCGCCACGCUGCGCAAGAAGCUGCCGGGCAUCUCGGAGAGCGCGCACAUUUUUGCCGGCGUCGACGUCACGAAGGAGCCGAUCCCGAUUGUGCCGACGGUGCAUUACUCGAUGGGCGGCGUGCCGACACUGUGGACGGGCGAGGUGAUCAGCCCGCGCAACGGGGACGACAACGCCAUUGUGCCGGGGCUGCUGGCGGCGGGGGAGUGUGCGUGCGCCAGCGUGCACGGCGCCAACCGCCUCGGGGCGAACUCGCUGCUCGACAUCGUCGUCUUCGGUAAGUCGUGCGCCAACACGAUCAUUUUCAACCUGACGAAGGAGGGUCGUAAGCAGCCGGACCUGCGGCCGGACGCUGGUGAGGCGUCCAUCGCUGAUUUGGACCGCAUCCUGACGAACACGGGCGACAUUCCGAUUGCGCGCAUCCGCGAGCGCAUGAAGGAGACCAUGGCGCUCUACGCCGCCGUCUUCCGCACGGAGGAAAGCAUGCAGACCGGCAAGAAGAUAAUCGAGGAGUGCUACCGCGAUUUCUCGCACGCGUUGGUGCACGACAAGUCGCCGGUAUGGAACAGCAACCUCAUCGAGGCGUUGGAGCUGCGCAACCUGCUCACGAACGCGAUGAUGACGAUCAGCGGCGCGGUGGUGCGCAAGGAGAGCCGCGGCGCACACGCCCGUGACGAUUUCCCCGAGCGUGAUGAUCACCACUGGAUGAAGCACACACUGGCCUACCUCGACGACACGAACGGCAAGAUAAGCCUGGCGUACCGCCCGGUGCACAUGGAGAUGUUGACGAACGAGGUGGACACCUUCCCGCCGGCGAAGCGGGUGUACUAG